UCUCCCGUCCCCUCCCCUUCUCUCUCACUCAGGCAUACAUACACUUUCACGCAGAGACGGGAGGACUAUUCGUUUUUAUUCGUCCAGGUCGUUUUAAUCCGUUCUAGAGAAGCGUUUAUCAUGCUAAUGUCUCUUGGUUUACUGCUAUUUCCAACAGCCUAACAAAAGUUGAAGCCUGUCAUUUUCCUUAAGUCAUCACUUGACUGCGUAUAUAUAUUUUUUCCAGUACGUGCUCUCAGGAGGAUAUAUAGUCGCAUCCGGUUUGAAACUGAAGGAAGCUCUUCGGAAGCCUGGAUUUGUGUUUCGAGGCUUUAGUCGCCUGACGCUCUUUCGCACCUGCCAGCAAAAUGUCUGCCCCAGACGCCAAUGCAAGCUCUGGAGCCCCAGGAGCCCCAGAGGGUGAGGGGGGCCAACCCAACCAACCUCCCAACCUCAGCAGCAACCGUCGUCUCCAACAGACACAGGCCCAAGUGGAUGAGGUGGUUGAUAUCAGUGCGUGGUGAAACAAACCGGGACAAUGCGGUUCUGGAAAGAGAUCAGAAGCUAUCAGAACUGGACGACCGGGCAGAUGCGCUGCAGGCCGGAGCAUCGCAGUUUGAGAGCAGUGCUGCGAAACUGAAAAACAAGUACUGGUGGAAGAAUAUUAAGAUGAUGAUCAUGAUGGGAAUUAUUGGGGUUAUCUUGGUGGGCAUCGUUUUCAUGUACUUCUACUACUGAGCCUCUCAUGGGACGCACAAGGACAGGAGACUCUGGCUUUGUGUGAACUCCACCCCUCCUUCUCUCCCCACCAAUGCCUUUCAUUGAAUCCACAGUGUGUGUGUGUGCAGUCAUUGACGCAGUGCCUCUCCCUCCCUUUGUCUGUCACUGCAUUUCUUUGUACCUCUCUUGAGUGCUUUGCAACAGUGCCCGAGCUUACUCAAAAACUCCUUCGGUUAGGAAUAUCUACUUAUAGUUUUAGAUUGGAGAAUGUGUUGGCCCUUUUCAGGCCAAAAAAUAAUAAGAAAUAAUGGGUGAUGCAAUAAUGUAGAUUUGUAGCACUGGUCCAAAUGAACCCAUGAAUAACUAAAGAGGGAAAAUGAAAGUUUGAGUUUAGGAUCAAGUCAUGCAUUUAUGCAUAAAAGCCAAAGUGUACUAGUUUACCCAGAAACAACAGCUGUGGUCCUAUCAUUAGAGUAUUAACAAAGUGCAACUGCAAUGAGAAAUUCCAGGAAUAUUUUUUACAAUUGUUUUAACCCUCCUCCACAUAUAGACUCCUAGAAGCAACUUUUCACUUCUUAAAAUGGUUUUAGAGUGGUAAAGACUAUGUGAAUUAAAUGUCUUAAAUUGACUUUUGAUUUAGGAUGUUAAUUCCAUCUACAAUAUAUCAUAAUGUAAAACAGGACUGGCGCAGUUUUUAUAAAUCAUUUGAAUAUUUAAACUGUUUAAAAAGUAUAAGAGAAAGAUUGUAGGAUGUUUUAAGCAUCUGCAAUCAACUUGAGGGGAAUAUCUGAUCACAAAUUAUCACUUUUGCUGUUUGAUGUUACGUCUUUGACAUUAAUGUCAGCCAGAAGAUCAGCUGAGUCUGGAGGAAAAAACAGGGAUGGAAAAAAGUAACAUUAAUGGUAAGAUGUGGUGUAAAAUAAAAAUCUAACAUUACAGCAGUAAUCACAAUAUAAAAUAUUUUAAAGUAGAUUUUUAUUAUAUCUGUAUGUUCAAGAUUAUUGUGACAAGUGUGGUCACAAAUGCUGUUUAUUUAGAUUUAUUUAUAGCUAAAUUAAAUGUGAUUAUUAAAAACUUGGUAAAAUCAAUGGUGAAAUUCAGCUCCUGAUCAUAUGCACCUCUUGACUUUACUGGCAACAUGAUGUCUUUGGGUUGAAUAAACUACUGCUGAUAUGCAAAAUGAAGGAGAAAUAAUAAUGUGACUAGUUUAAAGUAUUUGUAAAUAACUGGGAUUCAUUGUGGGAGCAGAUACCUAAUCAGCACUGGAGACGACAAUGUUCAGGGAUGUACCUCUGCAUGUGUUUGUGUAAUAUAUACAUGGGCACUUUAACAACUUUCAUUAUAGUGAUUGUAGGUUUAACUGGACAUUUUUUUGGUAUUAAGGACAUAUUGUCCAGCACCUAAAACUAUGAAAAUUUGCUCUUGUUGAUGUGGAAUUCAAUGCAAGAUCAUCAUGUGUGAAUAAUAUCCCCUACAUUCAGCAUUAACCCAAACUGCAAACCUAAUGGAGGGCAGUGAACAUUAUUCCCUUGUAAAAAAAAAAAUAAAGUAAAUAAAAACCUGACUACAUUGUGUUUUAUGCAACCUAUUCAUUUGUAAAUAUGCACUGCAGAGAUGCAUAAAAUAACAGCUCCUGUCCCUGAACAUUUGGAGCCAAGCUGCUAACUCGUGGUUCAUUUUAAAGCAUGUCUGCUUGCCCACCAUGUGCUGAUUCCAAUAAAGUGCUGAUGCUGUUA